ACCGAAUCAAAUCACAAAUUUGGUUUGAAUCGAUUCGGUUUUACGGUUUCAACCACACAAUGAACACCCCUACAUCAGAUGGUCUGGUGGAGGGGCGGUCCGGUCUCCGGUCUCCCUAUAACGGAAAGUUAAGGACUUGACACUGCUAAUAAUUCUAUAUUUCUAUUUAAGAGAAGUGAACCCCGAUUCUGCCCGACCAUGUUCUCUGCCUAAAUACCGACAGGCGAUGGCCGAUGCCUCCCAGGAUUACAAGAAAUCAUCGCUCAUCUUUGCUUACGUUGGUUUCACAAACAAAAUACCGCUAUUCUCCACUUUCCAACUUCCGAUUUCUGCACCCAAAUGCCAACAGAGGCCGAGACACAGAAGCCACCAACGGCUCUUCUCGUUCCCACCCGGCGGGCAAAACCAACGUGGUUCCCACCGAUAAGAUGACGUCAAGGAAACCUAUUUUCAACGGAAAACUUGGGCAAUUCGAUCGAUAUGGGUUCGGCGAUAUUGUUUCGUCGAAUAAGAUGAUCACCAGCUAUAUUCGUUCUGGUGAUUUGGAUUCUGCGCUUAGGAUAUUCGAGAACAUGACUGUUAAAACCACAGUUACUUGGAAUUCAAUCUUGGCUGGCUACUCGAGGCAGGCCGGGAAAUUGAGAGAAGCGCGCCAACUAUUUGAUCGAAUUCCUGAACCGGAUACGGUCUCAUUCAAUACCAUGUUAGCUUGCUACUUUCAUAACUCGGAUAUCGAAAGCGCUCGACGUUUUUUUGAUAGAAUGCCAGUUAGAGAUGCUGCAUCUUGGAAUACCAUGAUUUCAGGUCUCUCCCAGAAUGGGAAGAUGGCUGAAGCCCAUGAGCUCUUUAAGGUAAUGCCAGAAAAGAAUAGUGUAUCGUGGAGUGCCAUGAUUUCGGGUUAUGUGGAGGCUGGGUGUUUGGACUCGGCAGUGGAAUUGUUCCAGCAAGCUCCGGUUAAGAGUGUGGUUGCAUGGACAGCGAUGAUUACUGGGUUUAUGAAGUCGGGGAAGAUUGAGUCGGCGGAAGAAUUAUUUAAAGAAAUGCCGGAUAGGAAUUUGGUGACUUGGAAUGCCAUGGUUGCUGGUUAUGUGGAGAAUGGUCAAGCAGAGACUGGAUUAAAGCUUUUUAGAAGGAUGGUGGCAACGGGAAUCAGGCCCAACCAUUCGAGCUUCUGUAGCGUUCUCUUGGGUUGCAGUAGUUUGUCUGCUCUGGAAUUGGGGAAACAGGUCCAUCAGUUUAUCUCUAAGUCAUCGUUGAGUCUUAAUACAACUGUUGGGACUUCGUUGAUCAGUAUGUAUUGCAAAUGUGGGAAUCUUGAAGAUGCACAAAAGUUGUUCAGUGAUAUGUCCCAAAAGGAUGCUGUUACUUGGAAUGCAAUGAUUUCUGGAUAUGCCCAACACGGUUUUGGGGAAAAAGCAAUUUGUUUGUUUGACGAGAUGACAAAGAGGGGAAUAAAACCAAAUUGGAUCACCUUUGUUGCGGUUUUAUCAGCUUGUAACCAUGCCGGGUUAGUAGAUCUUGGAAUUCAAUAUUUCAAUUCUAUGGAAAGAGAUUAUGGGUUUGAAGCUAUGCCAGAUCACUACACAUGUAUGGUUGAUCUGCUUGGUCGAGCUGGUUUACUGGUUGAAGCUGUAGAUUUGAUCAAGCAAAUGCCUUUCAAAGCACAUUCUGCCAUAUUCGGUACCCUCCUGGGGGCUUGUAGGAUCCACAAGAACUUGGAACUGGCUGAGUUUGCAGCUAAAAACCUGCUUGAUCUGGAACCAAUGAGUGCUGCGGCUUAUGUUCAACUUGCCAAUGUCUAUGCUGCAAUGAAAAGGUGGGACCAAGUUGCCAGGGUACGCCAAUUAAUGAAGGACAAAAAGGUUGUGAAGAUGCCUGGGUACAGUUGGGUUGAGGUGAAGAGUGUUGUUCAUGAGUUCAGAUCAGGUGACAGGGUUCACCCAAAAUUGGCUUCUAUACAUGCAAAAUUAGAUGACUUGGAGCAUAGGAUGAAACUGGCAGGGUAUGUGCCUGAUCUUGAUUUUGCAUUGCAUGAUGUGGGGGAGGAGCAGAAGGAGAUGAUAUUGUUGAGGCAUAGUGAGAAGCUGGCAAUUGCUUUUGCACUGAUCAGUGCACCCCAGGGGACUCAAAUCCGGGUGUUUAAGAACCUUAGAGUCUGUGGGGAUUGCCACAAUGCAAUCAAGUACAUCUCUGCAAUUGAGAAGAGAGAAAUCAUUGUAAGAGAUACUACAAGGUUCCACCAUUUCAGGAAUGGGCAUUGUUCUUGUGGCGACUACUGGUAAGCAUGCACAAGUGGUUGGGGGGGGGUUUCAACUUUGGGGUCUGAACUCCUGGACCCAGCUGGAUUAUUCUCUGUAUUAGCCUCAAGUAUAAAGUUCAAUUUUGGGUUGCAGUAAAAGUUGUCUGGUUAUCUCAUGCCCAAACAUAACUCUCUAAUUUAAGUUUAUACAAAGUCUGUUCAUGCUCUGCACAUGAAGUGGCUGAUACAAGUCAAGAAAAAUGCAAAGUCAAA